GAACAGUUUGAGCUCAGACUGCUCGGAGUGAGGACGUCGUCGUCAUCGAAAGAUAAUUUGGAACUGCUGCAUCUAGUAUAGGAAGCCAGACAACAACAGUAUUUGUUUAUAUUUCCACAUAGACCGCAUAUAAAUAAAUUAUGAAAUCAGAGGCGUUGCACAAGUUUCUGGCUUUUUGUUCGCUGCUGAUUGCCUGCGCGUGGAGCCAACCAUUGAAUCCAUCUCAACCACAAGCAACGCAUCAACAACUGCCUGCAGUUCAACAACCGGUUAUCUUCAUCAAACAUAAUAUAGGGACUGGAAAUGCCGAAGAUUAUCACAUCACACUACCCUCGAAGGAUCUGAAAGCAGGGGAGCCCUGUCUCACGAUCACUUGGAAGACCAAUCCAGAUGGCACUGGUCCCGCUGAACCUCAGAUCUACAUGGGCGAUGGAUACUUCGGGAUAUUAACAUCACCACCGCGAGGACAACAACGCCAAUAAACAAAAAACCAAAUUGAAUUUAUUUAUUAAACUUUUACUGGGCACUUCUAUAAUGUUAAAACACGAAUGUAUUGUGGAUAAAAAGAUUUGAAGUUUGGAGUCCACGAGACCAAUCAAAAUCCUUGAUAAUAUACAAAAAAGGUAUCAGAUGACGUGAGUGGGUGCAAAAAGCUGUGAAAAGUAUCUUUGGACAGUAUUUAAUGGUACAUUCUUAAAAAAUGCGUGUUUAAUACCCUUAAAAUGUAGACCAAUUAUUUAAACUUAUAUGAAUAAUAAUAUUAUACGUUUUGGAAAUUAGUAAUACAAACCAGACCACUUAAAAA